UGAAAUUCACUCACCUGAAAGAAUCAUGUGUUCGAACUUGGAGCUGUAAAGUUUUAGUUAGUUUUUAAUUUAUAUUUUUUUUUUUUUGGUUUGUUACUGCCGACAGUGGUUGGGUGGCUUACUGCCGAUGCAGCUGUUUGCCUUCCGUUCAGCUUGUCGUUUAUUUUGUUGUUCGGUUUAAAUUUGGUGGGUUCUUUGUGUGACGGUGCGAGGAUGAAGAUCACGACGGGGUCGCAGCUGAAGAUUCAGCAGGGGAACAACAAGUACCAAUAUUGGGCUGCCAUUUCUGCCACCUUAACGAUCGUCACCAGUGGCAUGCACUAUGGAUGGCCCUCACCAUCCUUGGAGAAGCUGAUCCACGGCAACUCCACCCUCCAACUAACCAAAGACGAGGGAUCCACCAUGGCUGUGAUGGUUCUUUUGGGUGCAAUAAUAGGGUCCCUCAUCGUGGGCACCACCGUGGACAUCCUAGGGAGGAAGAAGACCAUUAUUUUGACGUCGUUCCCGUUCUUCGCCGCCUGGAUUAUGAUCGCCUACGCCAACUCCCCCCUGGUGCUGUUCGUGGCCCGGUUCAUAGCUGGGGUGGCGGACGGAUGGGCGUUCACGGCCGUACCGAUGUACAUAGGAGAAAUAGCCGACCCUAAGAUCCGGGGGAAGCUGGGGUCUGGAGUCUCUGUGGCCUGGAUCUUCGGGAUGUUGGCCAUCAACGUUAUAGGUUCCUACUUGAGCAUCAGGACCACUGCGUUGAUAUCCGCCGUGUGUCCGGUGCUGGGUCUGGUCACUUUCAUGUGGAUGCCGGAGUCGCCUUACUAUCAUCUAAUGAGGGGCAAAUUCAAGGACGCCAAGCACAGCCUGCAGACCUUCAAGGGGCUGUUGGAUGUGGAUGCUGAGCUGUCCCGACUGUCCAACGCAGUCAAGGCCCAGACCAGAAACAGCGGCAAGUUCCUGGAUCUCUUCACGGUGAGGAGCAACAGGAAGGCUGUGGCCAUCAUGGUCAUUCUCAGGACUGCUCAGCAACUCAGCGGCGUCACGGCCAUCACGUUUUAUGCCAAGAUGAUAUUCAAGGAAGCUGGUGAUGAUAUUUCGUCCGAAAUAGCCACCAUCAUCUUCUUCUCCGUCCAGUUGAUGUGCACUGCUUUGUGCUCCUCCAUAAUAGACAGGGCAGGACGACGUCCCUUGUUGCUACUCUCCAUAGCCGGGUCAGGAUUAGCUUUGUUGGUUGAAAGCGUCUAUUUCUAUUUCAAAAUGCAUACUGAGCAUGACGUUUCCAAGUUUUCUGCGGUGCCAGUCACUGCUUUGAUCGGCUUCAUAAUUAUUUUCGGCAUGGGAAUGCAAAGCAUUCCGAUUUGUAUGUUGGGUGAACUGUUCCCAGCCAAUGUCAAGGCUUUCGCUUUGUGCUUGGCUGAUAUUUACUUCUGUAUUGUUGCCACCAUUAUCUCGAAAUUCUUCCAAAUGACGAAAGACGAGUUUGGAAUUGAUUUUGCAUUUUAUGCCUUUACGGUUAGUUGCGUGAUCAGUUUGACUUGUAUUUAUAAAUUCGUACCGGAGACUAAAGGUAAAACAUUAGAAGAAAUUCAGAAGCACCUCAAAGGUGAGGAAGAGGAUGAAAAAGAAAAUGAGAAAUGUAUUGAACUUAUAGAAAAAGCAUAAAUGUAUGUGUUGAUAUAAAACAAAAGGCUGAUAAAUAAGAAUUUAAUAUUAUAGAUAUAAGAAUGAGUACCACACGUACUUAAUUUUUUAAUUUUCUUAAUUAGUUUAACUGCUUUAGAUUACCUAUUUUUGUACUAAGUAAAUUAUUGUUAUAUUAAUUAAUUAAGUACAAAAUAUUUUUUAUACUGUGUAUGAAAAUGUAAUUUAUAUAUAAAAUUUUAUAUGUUGAA